GAGAGUUGAAUUUUUGCACAACUCUAUCCUCGGACAACGGGCUCGUCUGUUCAAAAUUUUGUCAAACCGUUCCAGGGUAAUUCAAGGUCAAAAUCGUUAUCAACGAGCUGCCCCAUCCUCACUAUAAGCCAUUCCCCAAUGUCCUCAGAUGUCCAUACGACUUCCGCGGCCCCUGCUUGUCAUGAAAUAGGACACAAAGUUUACAUAAAUGGUUGGAUAUGAUUUGCAUACAUAUCUGACAUUAUAUUAAAAGCGGUUCGCCUAGUCACGUCAUGACUAUGAUGCCACUUGCCGACGCAUUGUCAUCCCGCGGCCAUAACAUUACUUACAUUGCCCCCAUGCGCGUGGAGGGCGUUAAUCCGAAAAUCCGGUUAAUCGUUCCCGAAUCGUUCGCGAUGUUUGUGAAGUACAUCCUUAACCUGGCAUCUGACCCGACGGCAGCGAUUCAAAACAAGCCCCCACCACCGUUCACAAGUUUCGACAAAUCGUACGCGCAAAGUUGUCAAGUCUUAAUUAACAGUGUGGAGUUUCAAGCCUGGUUGAUCGCAACGACAAAGAUCGACCUGGUCGUGACGGACGUCACUCCUGACUGCGGGGUAGGAAUAGCGUAUAAAUUGAAUGCCAAAAUUAUUAUGUACAGCACGUUGCCAUUUUUUGCCAAAUUCACGGAUCUGUUCACCUUGCCGGACGAGGCGUUGGGCACAUCGUACGAUCUUCCGUUUCGCACGGAUUCGAUUACCUUCAUCGACAGAAUCAAGAGCACGUUGCUUCCACUCGGUUGGGCGUACGAGACGUAUCAAGUUGCCCCAUUUUUAGAGUCGGUGUUGCAAGAAGGACUGAAAAUUGAGAAGAUGCCAUCAAUUUAUGAUCUCUACAAAAAUGUCAGUCUUGUCCUUAUGGCGGGAAAUUUUAUAACGGAACAGGCUCGAUCUCUCCCGCCUAUGUUCGUUUCUGUACCCGGGCUUCAUUUGAAAAUGAAGCAUGAAGCUUUACCCAGUGAAAUGGAAGAAUUCAUCUCUUCCACGGAUGCUGAUGUUGGAAACGAGGGCUUCGUUUAUGUCAGUCUGGGCACCCUCGUGGUAGCGAAUAACUUGCCGCAAAGCAUUAUCAACGUUUUCAUGAAUUCCAUCAGGGCUUUUCCAAACCUUAAAUUUUUAUGGAAAUGGGAUGGCGAAGUUCCUGAAAAAAUUCCCAGAAAUCUUUUCCUAGCUAGUUGGUUCCCUCAACAAGAUGUGUUAAGUCAUCUAAAAAUACGAGCAUUUAUAACCCAAGCUGGCCGCCCUAGUGUGCAAGAAGCGAUAUUCAAUGCAGUGCCGAUGAUCGCAUUUCCCAUACUUUUUGAUCAGGAUUUCAACGCCAUGCAGCUGGAGGAACGUGGCCUAACGGUACGACUGGACGUUCAUAAUUUUACUGACCAGAACCUUCAGAGUGCCCUGUCCAGCGUCCUUUACGACCCCAGAUUCAAGCAAAGGGUACAAAAAAUGUCCAAUAUUUUUACCGACUUGCCCAUUCCGCCAAUCGAGACGGCUGUCUUCUGGACGGAGUAUGUUCUUCGGCAUGACCACCUGUCACAUUUGAAACCCAUGGCGCGAAAUCUGACUUGGUAUCAAAGAAGGAACUUGGACGUCUGGUUAGUUUUGUUACUUGCGGUUGUUAUGGCUAUUUUGUGCCUGGGUAUUUUUGUAAUCUGGAUGGGUAGAUUUGUUAAUAAUCUCGCCACAAAGACAAAAUUGAAGCAAUCAUAAACCUAAUAUGAAACUCAGUAAUUACUUUUUUAAGGAUUGUUAACCUUAUAUUGAAGCUAGGAAUUGUUUUUUAGAAACAAAAAGUGUGGAUUUAUCUAGCGAAUCAAUUUCUUUAAAAUGUUCACGCUUUUAUGUAAUGUUUAUUAAAAUGUUUUACACGA